AUGUUCCAUCCGACUCGCGGAGGAACCAGGGGAGGACAAGGCGACUUCAAAUGGUCCGACGUCGCAGCCGACAAAGACCGCGAGUACUACCUCGGGCACAGUCUUAACGCGCCAGUCGGACGAUGGCAGAAGGGCAAGGACUUGACAUGGUACAACAAGGACUCGAAGGAUGCAGAGGCAGAGGAGCGCGAGCGAAGGGAGGAGCUGAAGCGGAUCAAGGAGGCCGAGGAAGACGCGUUGGCGCAGGCGCUUGGCUUCGCUCCGACUCCCCGCCCCCCUCCAUCUGCUGCACCCUCGUCCAGCGAUGCCGACCCGAACGCCGCAGUGCUCGAGAAGGCGCGGCUCAAGGCGCAGAAGGCGGCGGAGAAGGAGACUCGACGGGCAGAAAAGGAGCGCAAGAGGGAGGAGCGGGCCGCGAGGAGGGAGGGCCGCGACAGGAGGCACCGCCAUGGGUCAGAGGGACGACGGGACAGGUCGCGAGAGCGAGAACGCGACAGGUCGCAGUCACCUAGGCGGAGGAGGGAAUUCGAGCGGGACUCGCGGCGGUACUCAGACGACCGCGACGACCGCCACCGCUCGUCUUGGAGGCGCCACGGCAGUCGCGACCCCUACGGCGACGACGAACGGCGGCACGCCUCGAACAGGCGUAGCAGGACGCCGCCACGCUCGCCUGGGCCGGACAGGCGCAGCGACGAGGGACGCCAUGGCGGUCGGGACGAGCAGCGAGGAUCGCGAGGGCCAGUACUGGAUGAGCGGGACAGACGGGAUGAUAGGCGGGAUGUACGGUACAGUGGCAGUGGGCGUCACGAGCGCGGUGCGAAGGAGAGGGAGUUCGAACGAAGGGAUCGCAGCAGGUCUCCUCGACGGCGGGACUAG